CUUCGUACGUUCAGCGCCACGUCCUGACACGUCCUGCGCAUGCGCGGACGGGAGCGGCCGUAGUUGCGGCGGGGAAAGUUCGCCGGGCCGCGUCGGCGGCAGUGAUGGCGUUCACGCUGUACUCGCUACUGCAGGCCGCGCUGCUGUUUGUCAACGCCAUCGCUGUGCUGCACGAGGAGCGCUUCCUCCGCAGGAUUGGCUGGGGAACAGACCAGGGAAUUGGAGGAUUUGGAGAAGAGCCAGGAAUUAAAGGACAGUUAAUGAACCUUAUCCGAUCUGUACGAACAGUUAUGAGAGUGCCAUUAAUUGGAGUGAACACCGUGACAAUUGUGUUGCUUUUAUUGUUUGGGUGAAGAUGGUGUCUUCAGAGCAACCUGUACAGUAUCUAGAACAGAUAGACUGUGGACCAGUUUAUUCAUUGGGAUUCAAUCUGGCUUAGUUUUUGAAGCCACACGCUUGUUUCAAUAAAGAUACCAUUUCUAUUUA